AUGUCGGCUCUCAGAAGAGCACUGCACAAGCUCCGUGCUACCGGUGCCAUCAAAGAAAAUACCCGUUCGCGUUCGGCUCCACCGAUCAAUGAAAAAUUGAACGGCGACUUGUCUAGUGGCCAGUCGGCUUCGUCUUUGCAGUCCAAGUCUAGUGGAGAGGAAAAGAAUCAGGUCAGCAGAAAUCAAGCUCGGAAACAAGAAAGGAGGGAGCAGAAAGAAACUCGAGUCAUCCUCAACGAAAGAAGAGAGCUGGAGCGAGAAGAGAAGAGAAAGAUGGAGGCUGCUCUUGCUGCUAAACUUGAACCUGACGAACUUCAACAGAGAUACGGCGUCCUACCUAUUAACCAGUCGCAAGAGCGAAAAAAUGAGACGAGAUCCAAAAUCGCAAAUAUCACCGCUGCCCAUGAAGGAGAGGAGGUAACUCUCAGGGUCAGAGUUCACACCAUCAGGAAGCUUAGCUCCGGUCUUGCCUUUUUUAUCUUCAGGCAAAAGGAGUUUACCAUCCAGGGUGUCCUCGAAGAGAAGGAGAGUCAAGCUUCAGAGUAUAUGAUCAAGUGGGCGGAUCAUAUCGGUGUCGAAUCCGUCGUCCUCGUUAAAGGUACCAUUCGGAAAGCCGCCCAAACCGUCAAGGCCGCUACCAUCCAUGACCAGGAGAUCCUCAUCAGAGAAUUCCACGCUAUUUCCGAGGUCACCGAAGACCUUCCGUUCACCGUAUACGAGGCCGAGAUCUCGAAACAAGACUCCGAAAAGGAAACCAGCCGUGGUCAUCAUAUCAAUACCCGAACCCUUCUCAGCAACCGAGUCCUGGACCUUAGAACCGCCCCGUCACAGGCUCUCUUCAGAAUCAACGCUGGCAUCUGUAAUCUUUUCCGUACAUUCCUCGAUAGCCAAGGGUUUAUCGAAAUUCAUACCCCAAAGCUUCAAGGAGCUGCUACCGAGUCCGGAGCAAGCGUUUUCAAAGUUAAAUACUUCGACCGGGAUGCCUUCCUCGCUCAGAGCCCUCAGUUGGCCAAGCAGAUGAGUGUUAUUGCUGAUUUCGAAAGAGUUUACGAAAUUGGACCCGUUUUCCGCGCUGAAGACAGUAACACCCACCGACAUUUGACUGAAUUCACUGGUCUUGAUCUUGAGAUGGCCUUUGAAGAGCACUAUCAUGAAGUUCUCGAUAUGAUCGAUAACAUGUUCAAGUCGAUUUUCAAGGGCAUCUACGAGAGAUACCGUCACGAGCUAGAUACUGUCAAGCAACAAUUCCCUCACGAGGACCUUGUUUGGCUUGAUAAGACCCCUCGGAUUCCCUUCAAGGAAGGUAUCAAGAUGCUCCGCGAUGCUGGAUAUAAGGAAGAAGAUGGCAGUAUUCCUCACGAACAUGAGGAUCUGAGCACUCGCGCAGAAAUUCGCCUCGGUGGCCUCAUCAAGGAGAAGUACGGGACGGACUUCUAUAUCAUUGACAAGUUCCCCCUCUCCGCUCGUCCAUUUUACACCAUGUUAGAUCCCGAAGAUCCCCAUUACACCAAUUCUUUCGACAUCUUCCUACGGGGCCAAGAAAUCCUGUCGGGUGGUCAACGUAUUCACAAUCCGGAGAUGCUCAAGGAACGCAUGUUGGACAAAUCUAUCCAACCAGCUACGAUGAAGGAUUAUCUUGAAGGCUUCACAUAUGGUGCCCCUCCACACGGAGGUGGCGGUGUCGGUCUGGAGCGUGUGGUUAUGCUGCUGUUGAACCUCGGAGACGUCCGUCAUGCAUCGCUGUUCCACAGAGAUCCUCGAAGUUUGCCCAAACAACCACCGGUUUCCGUCCUUCGCCACCCAGAGGCUAGCACACUGAACCCCCCAUGGAAGAACAAGCCGGCAUUUAUCGAGGAUGUACCGACAAAGGAAUUGCAGCCGCUGACGAAACUCAUCGCCAACUACGGUGACGCCUCGAAUACCUCGUGGCUUGACGAUAGAUAUCGUGUCUGGCGAGAUGAUGAUACCGGUGCCGCCUGUGGCUAUGUUCCCCAAGACCAUUACGCUAUCAUCAUUGGUGAUCCACUUUGCGACCGAUCACAAUAUGAACUGAUUAUGAGGAAGUUUAUCAAGUUCAUUAAAGAUGAACUUGAAUUGAAACCAAUCUGGUUGCUCGUCGGAAAGGACGGUGAAGAGGUACUCGGCGGAAAGUUCGGCUGGAGCACACUUAGCUGUACAGCUGAAGAGAGAGUCGACCCUUCCGUUGAUCCUGCAGCUGAAGACGACAAUGUAGCCCGCAAAAUCAGACACGCGAAGAAGGAGGGAAUCAAGAUCAGUGACGUUCCACCUGGCCAAGUCACUCCUGAGAUCAAAGCCAAGUGUGAUCAGAGGAUGCAGGAUUGGAUGAACAACCGAAAGGGAACCCAAGUUCAUUUGACUGAACUAAACCCAUGGGUCGAUUGGGAGCAUCGUCGUUAUUUCUAUGCCACAGACAAGGAUGAAAAUGUCCAUGCCUUGUUGGUCCUCGCACAGCUUUCCCACGAACAUGGAUACCAGGUCAAGUAUGCACUUGAGUUCCCCGGCGCCCCAAGCGGAACCAGUGAAUACAUCAUCACACAUGCCUUGCAUAAUGCCGCAUCCGCCGGCGCAAAGAGUGUGACAUUUGGAGGUUCCGCUACUACUGGGCUUUCUGGCGGCCACCAUAUGGGCGGCUUGCGGAUGAAGUUCCUUGCCAAGUCGUACCAGUCCAUUGUCUCUUCUCUUAGGUUGAUAAACAAGAGUGAAUUCAGACAGAAGCUGGGGGCUGAAGAGGAUCCAAUUUAUAUUUGUUUCCCAAAGAAUGGACUCGGUCCAAGAGGCAUCCGCGCCAUCAUGAAGUUCUUCUCGUCCGAGGGGGCGGUUAGCGAAGAGGAAAGCCCAAAGAAUGGUAGUCCUUUUGCUAGCCCAAGGAACAGCCUUGGAAGCCCACCAAAGAGCCCACCAAGAAUCAAGAGCCCCAAAGGUAGCGUGAACGGCAAGCCGAACGGUGUGAAGAACGGCGGUUCCCAUAGCCCACCAAAGAGCCCGCUAUUUUCGAAAAUUUCAAAGAAGAGUCCGACCUCCAGUCCGAGGAACAGUUUUACGAAAAAUCGUAUAAGUGUCGGCUCAUUCUAG